AUGUUUUUGAAAGCUUUACAACUAAUAACAACUAAACAAAACACAACCAUGAUUCUGGAAAAGUUGACAGUGCGGAAGACAGUACGAGGGCAUCAAUUGGUUCCUUCGUUAGAUAUACCAAAUAUGCCAGCUGUUGGGACACCACCACGAGCGGUAUCACCGCGAAUUCGAAAGGAUAUGUUUCGGUGCAAAGACAGUUUCUGUGCGAGUUCAUCAUCAGCUAGCUCCAAUACACAGGUAAAAAAGUUCUAUCUUAUUUAA